AUGCAAUCAACAAACUUCCCCAUUAUUAAACAACAGACCUCAGUGGGUUCCAUAACGCCCUGUAUCAACGAUACUUACAUGCAGCUGAGAGACUGUCCGCUGAGGGAGAUUAACUUUUGCAUUAAAUAUAUCAGCGAGGGCACUAUAGUGAGAGACUGCGUUCCUAGAUGUACAGAAAAAGAUAAUUGGGACUGGAAUUCCAGGACGUUCUGCUGCCAGGAGGACGGGUGCAACGCGGCUGAGGGACUGUGGCAUUGGCACAUCCCUAUUUUGCUAUUUGCCAUGCCAUUUUUCCACCUGAUGGCCAGAAGCCUGCACUGAGAAGAGAAAAAGGAGACAAAACAAUUUUAAAUCUCAAAUUCUCGUUUUUUUUUAAACAUUUCUUUCUUCCUUAUUUCCAAUUAAAUCCUUUAUUUCUCUAAAGGGACAGAAGAGAGAAUUAUGCGGCUUUAAGCCAGAGUAAUAAGUAACCAUAGAGGAGUUCUUAAACAUUUUUUAUAUCACCCGAUGUGAUAUCAAC